UCCACACUAAAAUAUACUAAUCGGUCCAUCGGUCCGUCCGUCCGUUCGUCCAUUGCUUCUCUUUUUUCUCCAUCUGAAACUUAUCAACCUUCACCAGCAGCUCUAAUCUCCUUCUUCUCUCAGGGGGAAAAAAAAAAUCUCUUUCUUUUGUCUCUCUCUCUCUCUCUGAAACUUAUACACAAUGGCCAAUCUUUUCUUCCUUGUUUCUCUCUCUUUCUUCCUCCUCUUACCACUCUGCUAUUCAAACCCUAACCCUAAUUCUAGUUCAUCGCCAUCAGCCGCCCACACGGAGCUUACCAAGUACGGCUUCCCCAUCGGAUUACUCCCCACCAACGUCCUCACAUACACUGUUAACCGGACCUCCGGCGACUUCUUCGUCCACCUCGGUGACACGUGCAAGGUCACGCUCCCUCCGGACAACUACUUGGCCACGUACUCUAAGAAAAUCACUGGCAAGAUUGUGGAGGGGCACAUCGCCGAUCUCGACGGAAUUAGGGUUAGGGCUUUCUUCAGUUGGUGGUCCAUCACCGGGAUUAAAUCGACCGGCGAGGAUUUGGUCUUCGAGGUCGGAAUGGUUACCGCCAAGUACCCCUCCAAGAAUUUCGACGAGAGUCCUCCCUGCGAGGGCAAGCACUCUGCAUCCUAACCUAUUAACAUGUUACAAAGGUUUUCAUCGGUUGCAUCGAUGGAUAAUGCAAUAAUUUCCACUGAUAAGUUAAGAGAGGAAUUACUUAGCAUGUUUAAUGAAUUAUUAGUGGUUUAUGUUAUCUGGACAUUAAGGCAGAAUGAAUUUCCGAAAGAAACAUCAAGGCAGAAUGCCUGUAUCAAUGUUUAUCAUUUUAUAUGAUUUAUAUAUUGUUUUCAGAUUUGUUUCCAUUGUACGUAUGUCAAGCUAUUUCUGCAUGCUGUGUCACUUUUUGAGAUGGAUGCAUAGUGUUAUUGUAGUAAAAUUUCCAGAUUUUCUUUUGAA